UCAAACCUAAGCUUCUUAUUACAUAAACCCUAGAAAUGGCAAGUGACCAAAAUUAUACAAUUCAAAACCACAAAGUGGGGAUCAUCGGCGCCGGUAUUAGCGGCAUUGCUGCUGCCAAACAGCUCUCUCACCACCGUCCUGUGGUGUUUGAAGCCACCGGUUCCAUCGGCGGAGUGUGGAAGCAUUGUUGUUUUGCCUCCACUAAACUUCAAACACCUCGCUGUGACUUUGAGUUCUCGGAUUAUCCUUGGCCUGAAAGAGAUAAUGAAAAUUUUCCUACUCAUAAAGAAAUUUUGGAAUAUUUGAAUAACUAUGCGACAUAUUUUGAUGUCUUGAAAUUUGUUAAGUUCAACUCCAGGGUGGUGGCAAUUAAAUAUGUCGGCGACCGCCGUGAAACGGCUCAGAUUGACGUAAAACCGGCGGAUUAUGGUGCUCUCUUGACAGGCUAUCCUGUUUGGGAGGUUGCUGUGCAGACUGAUCAGUCCCAAAAUGUUCAGCGGUAUGGUUUUGAGUUGCUGGUGGUAUGUAUCGGGAAAUAUGGAGAUGUUAAAAAACUGCCGGAGUUUGCAGCAAACAAGGGAGAACAAGUCUACGGCGGCAAGGUCUUGCACGCCAUGGAUUACUCUAAGCUCGACGAAGAUGCCACGCGCCACCUUCUCCAAGACAAAAAAGUUGCCAUUAUUGGCUACAAAAAAUCUGCUAUUGAUUUAGCUGUGGAGUGUGCCCAGGCUAACUCAGGACCAAAAGGGCAAGCGUGCACAAUGGUGGUAAGAACUUUGCAUUGGACAGUUCCGUCAUAUUGGAUAUGGGGGUUGCCAUUUUUCUUGUUCUUUUCCACAAGAUGUUCUCAGUUUCUCCAUGAAAGGCCAAAUCAAAGCUUCUUCAAGACCCUGCUUUGCUUUCUUUUAUCUCCACUGAGAAAGGCAAUUUCCAAGUUCAUAGAGUCUUACUUGGUUUGGAAGCUUCCACUUGAGAAAUAUGGGUUGAAACCGGACCACCCAUUUGUGGAGGAUUAUGCAUCUUGCCAAAUGGCUAUCUUACCGGAGGAGUUCUUUGAAGAGGCUGAUAAAGGAAAAAUAGUGUUCAAAAGGGCCUCAAAAUGGUGGUUUUGGAGUGGGGGAAUUGAAUUUGAUGACCAUACCAAAUUGGAGGCUGAUGUUGUGCUUUUAGCCACUGGUUAUGAUGGUCAUAAGAAGCUAACAAAUUUAUUGCCUCAUUCCUUUUCUAGUCUCAUUACAGAUUCCUCUGGAAUCAUGCCACUUUACAGGGGAACAAUUCAUCCAUUGAUACCAAACAUGGCAUUUGUGGGGUACAUAGAGAGUGUGUCCAAUUUGCAUACAGCAGAAUUAAGGUGCAUAUGGCUAGCUAGACUGGCUGAUGAAAAAUUCAAGCUCCCUACCAUUGGGGAGAUGAUUCAACAAACACAUGAUGAGAUUGAAGUCAUGAAAAGAAGUACUAGAUUUUUCAGAAGGCAUUGCAUUUCAACUUAUAGUAUUAAUCAUAGUGAUGAGAUUUGUAAAGAGAUGGGUUGGAAUCCUUGGAGGAAAAGCAAUUUGUUCUUGGAAGCUUUUGCCCCUUACAAUAGCCAAGACUAUCAAGAAAAUAAAUAAUACAUAGAAAUCUAAGGGAAUGAUGUUGUUAUUUAUAUUUAUAU